CUGGGGCUGUGGCUUCAGAGGAGGACUCUCUGAGGAGGUGACAUCCAGGCCAAGACCCCAGUGACAGAAGGAGGCAGCCACUCAAGGAUCUGGAAGGAUGGAUGGCCCUGGGACAGAGUAACAGCACGGAUACAGGUCCUGGGGUCAGAGCAAGCUUGACAGGCUUGAGAAACAGAAAGAAUCCAUGCUCUCUGGCCUACGGCAAGGAAAGGAGGUCAGAGAGAGAGGGACCAGUCCAGCAGAGCCUGCACCCAUAGUUUAUGCUGUGGAAACUAGCAAGAACAUCCAUUAUUUAACACUGCACCCCUCGCUCGAGCUGUCCACCGGAGCCCCAAUCUUCCAAAGGCUUGCAGCCACCCAAGGGCCCUCAGGGGAGCCAGGCGGGCACUUCCACGGACAUUCAGCAGGGUGCAGGGCCCUUUAGUUACUUUGUUCUUUGUUUUCCUGGCUGUGCAUGACGCAGAAUAAAGAUUGUUCUUUGUGCUUUGCUCUGUCUUCAGAGCCAGGCUUUAGUCUCCCCUUCACUCAGGAAGGAUGGCUGGGGGUGGGGGGGAAGAAAAAGGGAAAAGCGGAAGUUGCUGGAAGACAUCUUCUGUCUUGUGAAAGCCUAGGUUCCUUGAGGAGAGGAUGCUCGGUCUCCUGAAGGGGAGGGCAGGGAGGUUUCCAUGGUGACAGACUUCCCUGGGAGCCAAUUACCAGGAAGCAGUGAGAACCAGAGGAGCUCCUCAAACGUUCUCUGUGGAAGACCCCUGCGACCCUCAAGGGACCUGGGCAGCAGCGGAGGGAGCCCCCCCUCAAAUGAGGACCAUCUAGAAGCUGCGGGUCACGUGUGUAUUCUGAAAAAUGCCUUGGACUUUGAAAGCCCAUCCGAAAUCUCCAACUUCAUCAAGGCUGAGAGCUUGGAGGCAGCUAUGGCUCUUCAUCUAUAUAGAGGGGGUAGACUUCUGCCAGGUCAUGGAAUUCCUUUUGGAAUCAUCUUUGGUGGAACUGAUUUAAAUGAAGACGUCAAGCAGGGAGAAAAAAACAAAGUGAUGGGAAAAGUCCUAGAAGAAGCCAGAUUCGCUGUCGCUUUCACGGAGUCAAUGAAGGAAACGGCACAAAGGCAGUGGCCACAUGCCAAGGAUAAGAUCUAUGUCCAGAGUCAAGGAAUUGCAACAGUGCCGAACGCCACCUUUAACUGGAACACCUUCCUUCAGCGUUCAGAGAUUAACCAAAGUGCUGACAGUCUACACGUGUUUCUCCUGAUCUGUGGACUCCGACAGGUGAAAGACCCUCUCUAUCUGGUGGAUGCAUUCUCAGAAUGGCAUCAAGAGGAGCCCAGCGUUUACAUGGUUAUCGUUGGCCCUGAAGUUGAUCCGGUGUUCACAAGGGAAGUAAAAGCCAAAGUAAAGAGGACCCCUGGGGUACGGUUGAUCGGGGAGAUGACCCGGGAAGACCUCCACGCGGUCGUGAAGAAUUGCUUCGCGGUGGUGAACAGCUCUGUCUCUGAAGGCAUGUCAGCCGCAAUCCUGGAGGCAAUGGAUUUGGAAGUCCCUGUGUUGGCAAGGAACAUCCCUGGGAACGCGGCAGUGGUGAAGCACGAAGUUACAGGAUUGCUGUUUUCUGACCCUCAGGAGUUUGUUCGGCUGGCAAAGAGACUGGGGGGCGAUCCGGCGUUAGAAAAACAAAUCGUGGCCAACGGAAGGGAGUAUGUGAGAAUGUAUCAUUCGUGGCAGGUGGAGAGAAACACCUAUGGGCACCUGGUCAGGAUGCUGGAGGGAAGCAGUGAGGACUAAGGGCGUGCCUGGUGCCGUGAGACGUUCAGCCCUGGGCAGACACGCAGGGGCAGGGCUCUGGGCAGAGGGGCCAUCCAGUCGAAAUCAAGCCGGGUUCAUUGGAACUGUAGAUCAUUUGUCAUAAGGCGAUUCAUCCAGAACCUCUCUGUGCUUCCAGGUAACAGCCCAGAUGCGUUUCCUGAUCAGUCCUCAUGGAGAUGCAGUACUAAUUGGGGCAGGGUAACUGGUUUUAAGGGGCAUCAGGGAGAGAGUUUGAUUAGCUGCUUUAGGACUUCCAGGGACCGUAGGGGCUUAUCUGUAAGCCGUCACAGGGAAGAGUAGGCCCCUCUCCCCUGUCUUCUGAUGACCUGUCACCCAUCACUGUCUGUUCAAAGAGCAAAAGCAAAAGUCAGACGUGUGGGCUGAGAGGGUUACUGGCAGUGAUUAUAAUGUGGUACACACCCUGAAGCCAAUCUGGGGCCCUGACAGAUGUGCGGCUGGGCCCCCAGGCUCUAAACACUGGAAACAGUGCUGUGCAUGAGUUGACCUCAUCAGUCAUGUAACUGAAAGAGCGAGGAGUGCUCUAAAUAAGCAGGCCAACCCCUGCUCCCCCCAUAGGCUCCACCCGCCUCCUGGUUGAAUUUGGGUUGAAAACCAGUUGGAACAAAGCCCAUUAUCGCCCAUGGCCUGGAAAAUACUGGAGCCUGGCUCUUUGGGUUCAGCAUCAGGGACCCAGCAUCAGGGACCCAAGGAUGAGUGUCGAUCUGGUCACCAGCCUCCAGCCCAUCGCAGAACCGGCACUCGGGUCCCCUUGACCUUAUCCAUCACGAGGCGAGUUUAACCAAGUGUCGUCAUCACUGUAAGGACGUCUGGCUGCACCGGUGCUGCAUUCCCCAAACCCUGUGCUUGUUCUCCUUGGUGGCGGUACUUGCCUCUGUUGGAUCCUGAAAUCCCUGCUGUCUCAUGGACGUUCCAUGACAACAACUGGGGGCGAAAUGCUCUGUUUCUCGUGUGAGGUGAGGAAACAACCCGGUCCAGAAGGAGGAGAUGAAGGUGGCUCCGAGCCCGUCAGAAGAAGCGUUUCCUUAGUGUUUGUUCCAAUACCUGCAGGCCCUGGAGUGGGGAGGAGGGAUCCACAUCAUCUUUGCCUCAGACUUCACGACAUCUUGGACUCUUUUCUUUCCAACCAUCCUAUUUUUGUGAACGACCAAACCUACAUCUUGUUUUUAAAAGAGUAAGCCUCAGACCGAACGUCUUAAACUCUAAUGACUUGGGGAUAAGAACAGCACGUUUAUGGAUUCUGUACCAUGUCCCUUCCUGAGUCGUUCUACGCCUCAAUCUCAGAACAGGAUCCCUUCCCAAAGGCAGUUACCUGGAACCUGAAGAUGCUCCUGGCACCCAGGAUUUGCUGUCCUGCUAACAAUACCCCUCACAGUCCCCCCUUUUUUGGCAUCUGAGGGUCACUAGGGUCGGGGCUCCCCUGUGGCCAUAGCGAAGAGAGGGAGGGAGAAACAGGGUCCAAACUCCAGGUGGACAGCUCCGUCUGAGUCUGGAAUCAGCGAUGCCAGCCUAAGGAAAGGCCGCGUGCGUGUUGUCCCGGGUACCAGCCAUCGAUGCUGCUGUUGAUAAAAUGCUGGUGGUCGGGAAGCUCCGCUCUCGUCCUGGUUGCAUGACAUGGUAGGUGCUUCGCUCCAGUGAGCCUCAGCAUCGUUCAUUCGUGUCUUUAUAGAAACUCUCACACAUGCUGCACGCCCUUUGGGGAAGGGCGUGUGGGUUUUAAAUGAAUAAAGUGUCACCAUCCGCUCUAGAGAAAGAG